AAGACACGUGUCGUGGGUGGGUGUAUGAGAUAAAUCUGCAAAUUGGACGCGUUUCCGUCUAGCAAGUAACGCCGAAGAAAUAAAGCCCUCCUCCGUUCAUCGUCCCUAAAUUCUCUCUCCAGCUACCUCCUGCAGAUCUCGCCCUUCAACCAUGACAACCUCAAGGCGACUUGCUGAUAGGAAGGUGGAGAGAUUUGAGAAGAACAUCAAGAAGAGGGGGGCAGUGGCUGAAACAACAACAAAGAAAGGAAGUUCUUAUCCAGUGGGGCCUAUUGUGCUUGGGUUCUUCAUAUUUGUUGUCAUUGGAUCUUCUUUAUUUCAGAUAAUCCGGACAGCAACAAGUGGAGGCAUGGCUUGAAUGACGAGUUUACCCUUCCACAGUGAACUUUGGUAGCUGUAGGCUCCUCGUACUUUUGUCGUAUGUUGUUUUUGGUUUGGAUCAACUUCCCUUAUCUAGCAAAAUGAUCAUGUAAUUCUGGGUGUGGAUGUUUCCUGUGAGUUAAGGAAUGACCUAAAUAAAAUAUAAAAAAAAGUGACUUAUUAUUUUUUGCUUUCCCA